UGAAAAUCUAACUUUCUACACUCCUCUGCCUUUGUGUAUUGACAGCUGUCUAUCAAAUCCACAGAACAAAUAUUCCAAAAAGUUGAAUUCUGCGAUUCGAGUUGUUUGGGCAUUUGUAAAGCUGGCUUGUCGGCACAAUUUUCCAGUGGCAAAAUUAAAAACGAAAUCAAGACCCAGUUGAGAAUUUGAGUACAGCCAUUAGCUAUCGAGUGAUAAAAUUAAUAUAGAUAUUGUAAUUUAAUCUAGCAAAAUAUGUCUCAUACUAUAUUGCUUGUACAACCAGGUGUAAAUCCUGAAACUAGAACAUACUCAGAUUAUGAAUCCAUCAAUGAAUGUAUGGAGGGUGUAUGCAAGAUAUAUGAAGAGCACCUCAAGAGAAGGAAUCCAAACACACCAACUAUUACCUAUGAUAUUUCACAGUUGUUCGAUUUUGUAGAUCAAGUAUUGUCCGACUUAAGUUGCCUUGUCUACCAAAAGUCAACAAACACAUAUGCACCUUAUAACAAGGAUUGGAUUAAAGAGAAAAUAUACAUCUUACUACGGAGGGCUGCCGGACACACUGAUUAUGAUAAUCUUUGAAGGGGUUGUACAUUUUAGUUUUAAUUUUCAUUUGACAUAAUUUAGUCCCCAUUGUUUUUUUAUUUUUGAAAGGACGCCAUAAAAAGUGUCAACAUAGGAUGAUGUGUUUAUUUGAAAGUUUCUGUAUUUUGAGUUAAAACAUGUACAAAAAGACUGUGAGAGUGAUCUGAACUCUUUUUUGUAUAUUCACAUUUCUUAUUUUGGUUAAUAAUAUACCUAAAUAAAAUGUAUUAUCUGUAUAUUCUUAUUUUUCUACAAGUAGAAGAAAUUUUGCUUCUCGAAUAAGGCAGUAAAGUUAAAACCCCUUUUCACCUUAAUAUUUCAUAUGAAAGUGU